UUUCCGUUACUUCAAUAUUUUAUUUUAUAUAAAAUGUGGUCCAUUAUUUUUGUUUUAAUCUAUACUGGAAUAUUAGGUACCUCGGGAGUUCCAGAGGAUGACAAUGACGAAAAUACUGGAAUUGGUAUUUCGGAGGAUCCAGAUUCACCUUGUGGUCUCGGAAAAAUUAUUUAUGGUGGUAUUGGAUUCACGAAUGCACGACAAGGAGCAUUAUUUAAUGAUGCUUAUUUACCAUCAUGUAGUUGUUAUCAAGAUUUAUUCGAGAAGCAAAAAAAUUAUAUUUAUGACGAUUUGGCAAUACAUCGUGCUAAAAGUGGACCUGGUGGAUAUGGAGAGUUUGAGGGAUACGGAGAUGGCGAUAUAAUAAUGCCUGGAGUAAAUUGCGUUGAUAAAAGCCAUGACUCAGCAAAUGAACCAGAAAAACCUAAAAUUGUUUACAAGAUAAAUUUGAAUAGAACUGUUAUGACCAUAAAAGAAAAUGAAUAUUUUACAGCCGGACCAGAUAAUGAUAACAAAAAUUCAUAUGAAUAUAUUGCAUUUAUUAAAGAAGUUAAUGAUGAAAGUCCACUUAAAAUAGCUAAAGUAUCAUUAAAAAAUGAUAAAAAUAAUGUUUACGAUUCUACGGAUAAUACUGCUGGUGAGAAUAUGAAGGAUAUUUGUGAAUCACAUACCAAGAGAUCAAUAGAAGAUAAUUUAUUAAAAAUUUUAAAAUCUGCUAUUUUAGAUGACUCGAGUUGUCCUAUAACUGAAGGUUCGAAAUUUUCGACGCCAAAAAAUAUUAAUCCGUUUCUGCUGACGUUUAGUCAAAAAAUGCCUUGUGGUAAUUAUCUAUUAAAUUAUCAAUUAGAUACCCCAGACACUACGGGAGCUUUGAUCCUUUAUUUUAUUUUUGAAAUAUCAGAAGAAGACGAUUGUACUGCUGACUAA